AUGAGGGAGCUGCCCUUGCACAAGGGAACUUGUGCACGACAAAUCGUGUCCAUCGGUCUCUCCCGGGUUGCGACCGACCGUAAUCACUUGACGAUUCGCGUGCUGCUGCCCCCUUUGUCGAUGAUUCCAGUAUACAAAAUGCAUCACCACGCCCUCGCGCUCUUGGUGGCUGGACUUCUCCUAUCAUGUGGCGACAGUACCUCGGCUGGUGUUACAUUGGAGCAAACUUCAGCCAGUUUUCGUCCUCAAGGCCACUUGUUAGUAGACAACCCGAAUAGCGCUCAGCAGCAUGAGCCGUUGCUGAGAAGUGCCAAGAGAGUUUACAAUGCCGGCGACGAGAGGAUGCUAUUUCCGGGAGGUGAGAUGGUAGUCCAUCAGCUCGAAGCAACUUCGCUAAAGGCGGACAAGUCGAUGUGGUCCAAGGGUUGGACGAGACUAAAGAAGAUCGUCCGUGGUUCCCAUGGCCAACUGCAGUUUGGAGACGAUGUCGUGAUGACUCUGCAAAAUUUGAACAAGGAAGCUUUGUCAAGAAAGUACAAGGUCCCGCACAAGUCAGAGAAAGUGUCGUUGCUUGAGGCUCUGACGGUGCGUUACGGAAUCGGUCCGGUGGCAAACGCGCUUGCUGCUGUGAAGCAAGGUCCUAAGAGCGCGGUGGAUGAGGGCAUUGUUGAUAAUCUGUACAUGGAACAGAUUAAGAAGUGGCGGAGCGAAGGCAAGCUCGCAUCUGACGUUGCAGGGACACUUGGUAUUGAGCACGAUCACGUGCUUACCCAAAAGCUGAAGAUGGUGGAAGACUACAUCAAUUCUAUUGACGAAGAGUCAGGCAUCGAGAACCAUCUUCUCGAGGCCGUAACGACAGUCCUGGGUGGUGAGAAUAAUGUGGCGUUGUUCAUAGGAGAGGCUAGGAUGAAGAGCGUCGCAACGAGUGAAGCCGAAAAACUGGAGGGGCUGCUGAUACAAAAGUGGCUGGACGAGAACAUGCACCCUACGGACCUGUUGACGCGACUUAAGAUCGACAAAAGUGCCGAAGACCUGAUGAGUCCGAUGCUGGAGACGGUGGUGAAGUACGUCGCCGCAUUCAACACAAAGAAUCCAGGCUCUGAGUUCUCGCUGUUUGUUCACGCCAGAAAACUAUACAAAGACGAACUUCUGGUGAAUGCUGUUAUUGCUGCCAGGCACGAAUAUGGCGGGAGUUCCAUUGCAAAAAUUGCCGAGCAGUGGCAAAAUCUGCUGCUGAAGGACUGGCAUGCACACAAAAAAACGAUUCCAGACGUUGUUAAGUUGCUAAUCUAUGAUCAGGAGGAAGCAUUAGCGUUAAGGCUUGAGGCGUGUGAAGAGUACAUCAAGCUUUCCAAGACCGGAACGUCAGGCGACGACAUCCUUCUGGAAAGCUUGAUGACAGUUCUCGAUGGUGAGAAGGGUGUGGCGUCUUUCGUUGGAAAGGCUAAGAUGAAUGUCGAAACGAAGAAUGUAGCUGAGAAAGUUGAGGGGCUGCUGAUACAAAAGUGGCUGGACAAGAACAUGCACCCUAUGGAACUGUUGGAGCGACUUGAGAUGGAUGGGGAAUUUGCCGAAUACCUGAUGAGUCCGAUGCUGGAGACGGUGGUGAAGUACGUCGCCGCAUUCAACACAAAGAAUCCAGGCUCUGAGUUCUCGCUGUUUGUUCACGCCAGAAAACUAUACAAAGACGAACCUCUCGUGGAUGCUGUUAUUGCUGCCAGGCACGAAUAUGGCGGGAGUUCCAUUGCAAAGAUUGCCGAGCAGUGGCAAAAUCUGCUGCUGAAGGACUGGCAUGCACACAAAAAAACGAUUCCAGACGUUGUCAAGUUGCUAAUCUAUGAUCAGGAGGAAGCAUUAGCGUUAAGGCUUGAGGCGUGUGAAGAGUACAUCAAGCUUUCCAAGACCGGAACGUCAGGCGACGACAUCCUUCCGGAAAGCUUGAUGACAGUUCUCGAUGGUGAGAAGGGUGUGGCGUCUUUCGUUGGAAAGGCUAAGAUGAAGGUCGAAACGAAGAAUGGAGCUGAGAAAGUGGAGGGGCUGCUGAUACAAAAGUGGCUGGACAAGAACAUGCACCCUAUGGAACUGUUGGAGCGACUUGAGAUGGAUGGGGAAUUUGCCGAAUACCUGAUGAGUCCGAUGCUGGAGACGGUGGUGAAGUACGUCGCUGCAUUCAACACAAAGAAUCCAGGCUCUGAGUUCUCGCUGUUUGUUCACGCCAGAAAACUAUACAAAGACGAACCUCUCGUGAAUGCUGUUAUUGCUGCCAGGCACGAGUAUGGCGGGAGUUCCAUUGCAAAGAUUGCCGAGCAGUGGCAAAAUCUGCUGCUGAAGGACUGGCAUGCACACAAAAAAACGAUUCCAGACGUUGUCAAGUUGCUAAUCUAUGAUCAGGAGGAAGCAUUAGCGUUAAGGCUUGAGGCGUGUGAAGAGUACAUCAAGCUUUCCAAGACCGGAACGUCAGGCGACGACAUCCUUCUGGAAAGCUUGAUGACAGUUCUCGAUGGUGAGAAGGGUGUGGCGUCUUUCGUUGGAAAGGCUAAGAUGAAGGUCGAAACGAAGAAUGGAGCUGAGAAAGUGGAGGGGCUGCUGAUACAAAAGUGGCUGGACAAGAACAUGCACCCUAUGGACCUGUUGGAGCGACUUGAGAUGGAUGGGGAAUUUGCCGAAUACCUGAUGAGUCCGAUGCUGGAGACAGUGGUGAAGUACGUUGCUGCAUUCAACACAAAAAAUCCAGGCUCUGAGUUCUUGCUGUUUGUUCACACCCGAAAACUAUACAAAGACGAACUUCUGGUGAAUGCUGUAAUUGCUGCGAGGCGAAAGUAUCUCGGGAGUUUUACUGCAGGUAUUGCCGAGCAGUGGCAAAAUCUGCUGCUGAAGGACUGGCUGGACGAAGACAAAUCCGUUGACGAAGUUGCUGUGUUUUUGCAACUCCAUGGCGUCCGAUUUGCAAAACCUUUGGUCGAAAAAAGACUGGAAGUGUUAAGCGAUUACGUGAAGCUGUGCAACGAAAAGAGUCUCCGACAAGACACAGAUUUAUCGUCCGGUACACAGAGUGGAGGUGGUGACAUUGCUUUUGCGGUUUGGCUUUCCAAGGCGAUGGAUGGGAUGACAAUCAAGCCUAGUAGUCUCGAAAGAUACCGAAAAGAGCUAUUCACCAGGUGGAAUAAAGCCAAUGUGUUCCUACCAACCCUCCGCGAUCAAUUGUCAAAUGUUGAAAAAAAGCGAUUCGGCCCACGUGGAAUCGAUCUUGAGUCAGUACGGGACGUUUUUGCACUACAAAAAGCCAAGAAGGCGUCAGAAGGCAAAGCAUUGAGAUGUCUGGAUUCGUUUGAGCGUUCGGUCGAGCUGCUGCUAUCGCAACAACUGUCCCAGCAUUUUCCAUACAUUGUAAACGUUUCGCGCAGGUAA